AUGCACAAAACGACCAACAUUGUUCCCAGAACCAGGAACCACUUCCUACAAUAUUCCCAUCAGCUCACUCUGGAUCUGAACACAGUGAAUAAACGCCUCCGUCUGUCUGAGAGCAACAGAGUGAUUACUAACUCUGGCACAGAUCAGUCGUAUCCUGAUCAUCCAGACAGAUUUGAUGUGUGGCAGGUGUUGUGUAGAGAGAGUGUGUGUGGACGCUGUUACUGGGAGAUUGAGUGGAGUGGAGAUUAUCUGGAUAUAUCAGUGUCAUAUAAGAGCAUCAGCAGGAAGGGACGGGGUAAUGAAUGUGUGUUUGGAUAUAAUGAUCAGUCCUGGAGUUUGAUCUGCUCUUACUCCAGUUACUCAUUCAUACACAAUAACAUAGAGACUGAUCUCUCUGUGAAGUCCAUCAGCAGGAGAAUAGGAGUGUUUGUGGAUCACAGUGCAGGAACUCUGUCCUUCUACAGCGUCUCUGACACAAUGAGCCUCAUCCACACAGUCCAGACCACAUUCACUCAGACGCUCUAUCCUGGGUUUUAUGUUUAUAAUGGAUCAUCAGUGAAACUGUGUUGA